AGCUUCCGAUCCCUGAGGCCGAGCAGGGGAGAAACCGCUCGCUGGUUUUUGCCCUUUGGGUCGGCUCUCUUAAAUCCUCGGCGCGAGAUGAAGGUUGCCGUCGCUUCUCGUAGCGGCCGAGAGGUGAUCAAGGGUGGAAUCGAGCUUGAGGGUUCCGCCACUGUGAGGGAUUUGCAGGAGGCGAUUCAUGCUCGAACCAAAAAGUACUAUCCUUCUGGACAACGUCUUACGCUUCCCGUGCAACCGGGAGCCCAAGGGAAGCCAGUCAUCCUCAAUCCAAAGUCAAGCCUGACAGAUUAUUUUGAUAAAAAUGCAAGCAGUUUGACUGUGGUGUUCAAGGAUUUGGGCAUACAGGUCUCCUACAGGACACUUUUCUUCUGGGAGUACUUGGGCCCCUUGAUCAUCUACCCCAUCUUUUACUAUUUUCCAGUGUACAAGUAUUUCGGUUAUGAGGGUGAGCAUGUCAUUCAUCCUGUCCAAACCUAUGCUAUGUACUACUGGUGCUUCCACUACUUCAAGCGUAUCAUGGAAACACUCUUUGUACACAGAUUUAGCCAUGCAACCUCACCGUUGACCAAUGUAUUCAGAAACUGUGCCUAUUACUGGACUUUUGGCACGUACAUUGCUUACUAUGUGAAUCACCCACUUUAUACGCCUGUGAGUGAUUUGCAAAUGAAGACUGGUUUUGGAUUUGGGUUGAUCUGCCAAGUUUCAAACUUCUAUUGCCAUCUCUUGUUAAGGAACCUUAGAAGCCCUGAUGGCGAUGGUGGGUAUCAGAUUCCUCAUGGGUUUUUGUUCAACAUUGUGACAUGUGCCAACUACACUACAGAGAUCUAUCAGUGGCUUGGUUUCAAUAUUGCGACGCAGACAGUAGCAGGUUAUUUGUUCCUCAUAGUGGCUGCUCUUAUAAUGACUAAUUGGGCUCUUGCAAAGCACCGCAGGCUGAAGAAGUUAUUUGAUGGGAAAGAAGGAAGACCUAGGUAUCCACGGCGCUGGGUUAUACUUCCACCAUUUCUCUGAGCAACGACCUUUUGAGUUGGUUUUUCUAAUCUUAAGAUCCGGUCUGUCAUUGAACCUUCUUAGUCAUAGUUUAGGAUCUCUGUUUUAACGAAAAAAACUAAAUGUAUCAGUUUGUAUUUCCAAAACUUUCUGCUUGAGCCUGAUCUUCUGUUGAUUAUACCUUCCACUGUUUAUCUUUUUUUUUUUUUUAUCUAUCAGUUUUUGAUGAGUAAUCCUCUUGAUGGUCCUAGGUUUUCAAUCAAGUAAUCCUCUUGAUGAGUAUUUUUAAUCUCCUAUUCGAUGUCAAUAAUUUUAUUACCAAAAAUUCGAACAUGGUUAAUAAUCCUGGGUGUCAUGAUCUCAUUUGCGCCCCUCCACACUGGUGGUUAUGUAUGACAGAUGUCAAAGCCAUUAAUCUUCCAGUUUCUUUCAUUCUUUCUUUCAUUUUUUUUCUUUUUUUUAAUGAAAUCAUGUGGAGGAACAGAGGAAUAGCAAAUUUUGUCCCUUGUUCUAACCAAGCAUGAGAAUCCUCUCAAGGAACUGAAGGUUUUUUUCGUGCUAGAAAAGAUUGUUGGAUCAUGAAACCGGGGGCUUGCUACAGUCGAAGCUGAUAUGUCUGCAUGACUAGUCUUCAUCUAUCAAUCCGUGUUGAUUGGCAAGGCUGUUAAUUCAGAAUGCUGUACAUUUGUGUCUAUUAUUAUCUUCAACUUUGAUCCAUCCGAUCAAAGCGUGAGUACAUUCAUGCAGCCAUCUGAUGGUAAAACAGAGCGGAUCAUUCUGGAGAUGCAAUGAUUGCAAGCAGCUUUUCAGAAAUACAGCUUUUGUUAGAAAACGUGAGGACAAUUUGCCUCCUAAUUAUUCCCCCCUCUCAAAAGAAUUGGCCUCGCAAUGCGUAAGAAAUUCAGAUGUAUUGUAAAGGAGCGGACAAUAUUUUCAUCUCCAUUUUGGAGCCCAGUAUGGCCACAUAUAUUGGCUUAUUAAUAAGAUAUUUCACCAUUGUAUUUCAAUUAUAUCCAAGCUUUUCCGUGGU